AUGCCGCCUGUGCCGCUACCGAUAAGCUGGAGAGGCCUGAGUGGGGCGCUGGUGCGUGACGUCACUAGUGAGGAGGGAAAGUUGAUGCCGCCGUUCCUGCUACCGAUAAUCUGGAUAGGUCUGAGCGGUGGCGUAGUUCUUAUUCAAAUAAGUGUCAAGUGGAAGUCCAUUAACGCUGUCAAGGGAACUGCGAUCACACGUCCUAGAAUAACGACGACAUACACCAGUAUGUCCAUUAACGCAGUUCAAGAAAACGUCGCUACAUGUUCAAAGGAAGAUUAUGGCAUCGACAAGCAACUAAGGACGCAGAGGCUCUCCCCAGAGCAACAGUGCGGAAUACAUUCGAAACGCGUCGCCAAGGUCGCACCCGCUAAAGGGCGUCUUGAUGUCGGUGGGCUUCUACUUCCAACAAUUAGUUUACGUAGAACUCCUCUAUAUGUGACGUCUAUUUUCAAUACGAAUGCUUCAGAAUCUUUAAAGAAUCACAUUACAGAUAUAAUAGACUUUUUAAUGGACGUGCAUGCGUCAGUAAAAAUCAAGAGUCAUUCAAUUGGAAUUCAAAAUGGUUUAAAUGAAGAUACUCUUAAUGGUCAACUAAAAUGUGGUUUUGCUCAAUAUAUAGCAUUAGAAAUUGGUAAAGGCAAUUCACGUGAAAAUCGUGCUAUAUCUCGUUAUUUACCUUGGCUCUACACUACUUCAUCAACACCGCAAUGGUAA